CCAUUCGUGCGGCGGGUGCUGCGCGUUCUGGCAGUUUGGGGGCCUUUUCUGCACCAUCACCGUCCGACACAUCCUCACAGCAUACGAGCACCAAACACAACAACGCGCUGCACUUAGCGGAUGAUCGGCGGCCAGCAGCAUCAAUAGCAUGGCCCAGAGCGUUGCGCCGUGGCUGGAAGGCCUAGAUGAGAAUUGGGAGGUGCCAUCAUCUUACAAACCACCAGCCCAACAGCAACAACACAUUUCUUCCGCCUCCCACAAUGCUCAUUCCAUUCGAGUCAACACCACCCGCACGACGCGGCAGAUCUCCCACCAGAAAGUGACGACAUCGCAGAACUCGAUACAGCGGCGACGAGACCCACUGGCGCAAUUGAGUCAGAACAGUAGCAACAACAACUCUUUGCGAAGAGCGAGCGGGACGACUAAGCUGAGCGCCUCGCGCUCGUUCUCGGGGACAUCGGAGGACUCAGUGGUCCAGUAUGGCACCAUGUUGCAGCGUUCGAAGAGCGCAUCACCCGCGAAGAAGGAGACUCUCGAGUGGAAAAAGAGACUACUAAAGGGCCAGGUGGGAUAUGGCGAUCAGACAGAUCUAUUCGGUCCAUCCGGGCUCGAGAACAUCUUUGCAGCCCCACGCGAUACGGACGCCAGACCGAACACCAGAGGCAGCAUGAGCUGGCUGAACAACUCUGCUGUAAACAAUCUACCUUCCAGUCCGCCGACUUGGCCUCCGCAUCAGGUUCAGAAUCACCCCAACGAGGAGGAAGUUGAAUACGAGGAGGGAUUCACCGCAGUCGAUGAGGAGACCGAGGGCACGGAGGCUGAAGAAUAUAAGGGACAGGACAGUCAGGCAUACACCGAAGAUGAGACAUUCGAGAGCAAUCCCUUCGAGCUGGAUGACUCUGAGCUACGGCAGGAGCACAACAUGCACAAGGAGCCUGGCAAGCAUCCCAUGUCAAGUCCCGAAAGGCUGGAACCGACCGAGCACUUCAUGAACGGUAAUAGGACGGUUAGCGGACAAAUAGAAUGUGAGGAUUUCAGCCCUGUGUUUAUCUCCAAACACACGAGUACGAAUGGGCAGGUGGACUACAAGGCACUGGACUCCCGUCUGGUUCGAAAAUUCCACAAUAUGUCGCAACAAGCUAUGCGGAAUGAUCUACAUGAGACACAGGAGGAUGCGUCGUACGCGGCGGAGAGUUCUGAGGAGCAACAAGAGCAGUCUACUUUCACAGACGGUCCAGAAAGUGAGCUGCCGGCCAUGCCUGAUCUAUCUCUAUCAGAGAACCUGCCUACCGGGACACCGCCUUCGAUCGCUGGGCUGACAGUCAACGUCCAAACACGGAGAGGUGGCUACUCUGUCCAGAGCUCACUCAACGAGAGACCACAGAGCCCCUCGCCUUCACGACCAAGCUCCUCGAGGGCUCGCAACGCCGGCUUUCUCCUUUCCCCUGAUGCUCCAGUGGCUCGCAGGCAAGUCCAGGUCCAAUCACCAGUGCGCGAACUUGCCACUCCUACUCAUGCGGAGGCAAGCUCAGAAGCGCGAUCCCGAUCUUCCGGAAGUCCUCUGAAGCUGUUCGGUCCCCAUGACACAUUUACAAGCAAGCGACUCUUGCGACGCAUGAGUCAGCUCGACCCAGACUUAUCUGGUAUACGGUCGGAAGACGCUAGCGACUUUCAUGAAGAGAACGAAUCGAAGCAAGCGGCACAACACAGGCGCGAUGUCUUUUCUGGGUCUUUCGGCAGUGGCGAGCUGAAUCAUCACAAAUUUCCAGCUGAAAUCACGAUCACAAGCGCUUCUGACUCAGAUAAAGCCGAAAGUGAUGGGUCUCCAGGCUCUGAUGUCCCUCCUCCUGGUGCCAGAUCGCCUCUCAUGUUCAAGGCCGAAUCCUCGCCCGCGGCUCGAGGCACAUUCCGGCUCAAGCGACGACGUAGUGCCGUCACUUCUGCCGGAUCUACAUUGAACAUGGGACCCAAGAACCCGAUGUAUACCCAAACCGCUGCAGACUGCGCCACGAAUCCAACCCGAGCAUUUCAGCCUCAACUCGAUACAGGAGCUGCCAUGAGCAAGCGCCCGCCGAAUUCCCCUUACAAAGCGCCAACUCCCAAGCGGCGAAGGACGCUCCAUGCUUCGGAACUUCAGGAAGAUGGCUCUGAGUAUAGCCGGUCCUUCCACGAGAAUCUCCAGCAAGCGAUCUCUAAUCAGCAGGGCGGGAGCGAGCAGAAAAUAGACAAGCUACUGGAGGCGCUCCGUCCGCGAAACCCUACCCCGAGCCAACGGCGGCGUGAGCAGAUCGAAGCCGAAAUCAGGGAGGUUGCCGAGCAGUUCGUUGCCGAGGCCCCAGAAGAGUUGGAAGCAGUGAUGGGGCAAGUCGAGACUUCAAUGGCUUCUGAGAGCCCACCAUCCAUUCAGCAGCAAGCUCGAGCGGUGGCUGGACAAGUUGCCAAAUUCAGUCUGCGAGUACAAAAAGCUUCGGGGGAUCAGACGGAGCGCAAGCGCUCUGUGACAACUCAAGAUUUUUUCAACGAAGCAGUCAUGGUGAUGCGACUGAUCCGGGAAAAAGCUGGCCGGCAAAGUGGGCUUGGUAGUGUUGCUGAAUCCGACCAAGAAGGGCAUAGUCAGGACAUGGAUCAGUCGCUUCAGCAGCUUUCAGCACUGCGCGUGUCCCGUCCUCCCUCGAGAGAGGUGCCUAGUGGCUGGCGACCGAGGACAUCUGAGCAGACCGAUGUUAGAGUGAUGAGCCACCUGCGUAAGUUCCGCGAGACUGAAGAUACCGAUUUCAUCGCCGACUCGGGCGUACCGGACGAUGAAGACUCAGAGCUGGGAAAGGCCUCAUUGCACGAAAAUGCCUACGUGGCAAUCGACGAACAUUCCAACAUUCGUAUCAAAGGACCCAUGCCUAACGUAGUCGUUGACGAUGACUCUUCACGUCCUGUCUCUCAGCGAUCGAACCAGUCAGUAUCGACGCAGACAUCGGCGGCUACUAGCACUGGCAGGACAAUACACACUGCGUCGACACGCAAAUCUGACAAUGUGGGUGUCUUGGCGCCUGAACACGUUGCUCAUUUGAUCGGAGAGCAAGUGGGCGCCAUGGUAUAUGAUAAGGACCGCCAGCAAUGGGUGAAAACAAAGAGUCCGCAGAAGCCGGUUUACGGCAGCUUUCUGGAACCGCCAAGCAACAUCACCAGCGACGAUGAUCCAUUCCGGGAGAUCUCGGACCUCCCAGUGGAUGAGCAAAGAGAAGAAGAGAUUCGGAAAGUUAGCAAUCAAGGCCGGCGAUUGAGCGCAUUGCCAAACGAUGUCGCCACAAAAUUUGGGUCAAAGGCACUAGAUGUCUCGCAACAGCAAAUUGAAUCUCGCAUCACAUCGCAAGAGACUGUUCUCGCGCGUCCAUCGACUCAUGGCAGUAGCACCAAAUCUCGACACACGUACUCAAGUUCAGACCCAGACAAGUCAACGGCCCUCCAGUCUAGCCAACAGCAGACCAACGAGACACGCGCCACUUCGUGGGGAUACGAUGAAUUACAGCAGCUAGCGACCGAGGGUAAAGCCAGGCAACAACCUUUGGCGUAUGCCGCUGCCCGCGCAGCUCUGGCUGAACGUAGCAACGCAGUCACAUUGUCCAGACAGCCAAUCGUUCAAAGCGAGGAAAACAUCUCUGCUGUUCCUGAGCCUGUGUUGGUGGAACAGCCAUCUGGCGCCGAUGACGACUUCGUUGGAGAUAGCACUCUCGACGAAGUCAAUCAACAAUCAGAUGAGCUGGCGGAUCUCAGAGAAGACACGGCAAUUCUUCCCGACGACCAAUCUCAGCAGUACAUCAGAGCGCCUAAAGUGCGAAAGACGCCGGCCAAAGUCCAAUUCUCUUCGCAGCACAGCCAUGUCACACGAAAUGUGUCUAUGCGUCGCCAGACACUCACUAGCCACUUCGGCGAUAUGGAGGGAAUGGAACAAAGCGAGUUGUCUUUCGUGGCCGCCUUGCCGGGAGAGCGUAUGAUGAGCGUGGCUCUCAGCGUCUCACGCCCGCUGAGCACCCGUCAGACAACGAGCCACGUUUCUGAAGUACUCUCUUCUCCGCACAAGUACGAUCCAAGCCAUAUUCUCAGUGAUCUACCAGAAUUCACCGUCCACGAGGAGGAUAGCGAACGGCCAUCAGAGCGUGCUUUGGCUCACAGAGUUGCCAGACAUGCUGCUGACGAGGUUGAUGACCGCUAUGCUUUGGCUGUCAAGGACCUGGUGAAGACUCUUGUGGAUGUAAAAUCGGAGGAACCAUAUUGGGACGACGUCAAGCAACUGGACCUUCGCAAUCGUUCCGUUGCAACUUUGCAUGGGCUAAAUGAUUUCUGCAGUCGCGUUCGAGAUAUGGACGUGUCUCAGAACAAGCUCGGAUACCUCAACGGUGUACCAAGCAGCUUAAGAACGCUUGUCGCCAACGGUAACAUGCUCACUAGUUUGACAUCGUGGGCUCAUCUCGCGAACCUGCAGUAUCUGGACAUCUCCGACAAUCAGCUCGACAGCCUGAAGGGGCUUGAAUGCCUGGUACACCUGCGGGAGCUCAAGGCAGACAAUAAUCAAAUCACUAGCCUUGACGGCGUGCUCGAACUUGAUGGCCUUCUGAAACUCAGACUGCGACGGAACGUCGUCCGCGCUGUCGACGUCGAGAACAGCUACUUGCAGAGAUUGGAGGAGCUGGACUUGUGCUACAAUGCGAUCGAGGCUGUUGACGGACUGGAUCGACUGACAUCUCUGAAGAGCCUCAAGCUAGAUGACAACCUAAUCUCCAGACCUCUAGCAUUUGACCAUGCGCUGCCACACUUGAGACAUUUGUCAAUACAGAAUUGUGGCUUGACACAACUAGACGUCCGAAACAUGCCAGCGCUUCAAACAGUGCUUCUGGACGGAAAUCAGAUCCGGAGCGUCGGGGGGUUGGAGACAUUGAAAUCCCUCGACACUCUUUCGAUGCGCAGACAGACGCUCAGCAAGGGUCUCACCGUCCGAAUACUGGAACAAACUUGCCAUGCCCGUACGAUUCGACUAUCGGGCAGUGAUCUCCCGCCUCUCAGCUUGACAGCCAGCCUCCUCAGCCUGCAGCAUCUCGAGCUCGCCUCAUGUGGCAUCCAUCAGCUUCCGGAUGACUUUGGCUUGAAGCUGCCAAACCUGAUCACCUUGAAUUUGAACUUCAACUCUCUCAAGGAUGUUCGACCUUUGCUCAAUGUGCAGAAGCUGGAAGAGCUCUUGGUCUGCGGUAACCGACUUGACCGUCUCCGAAAGAGCGUCGCGACUUUCUCCAAGAUGUCCAUGCUCACGUCUCUCGAUGUACGCGAUAAUCCAUUGUCUCACGGCUUUUACGCCCCCAUUGCGACUCUGUCCGCUCAGUCGCAUCAUAUGCCAACCAGUAUCGUGCGCCGACAACAGCGGCUUACAAACAGCGACAUCGAUGAGGAGGAUAUCAAGGCGGAAAAGAACGAGGUGGCGAAAUACAUCCUUCCCGCCCAAGAUGUUGGAAGAGACAGCAUCCACCAUGACCGCCUGGACGAGAGCACAAAGUUGCGAAAGAGGGUCUGUCACCUCAUGCUUGGGCAUAGUUGUCCGCAGUUGACUACCCUUGACGGCGCUGCUUUCGAUAAGAAGGCUCCCAUGGUCAAGGAUCGAAUUUGGGAUCGAUUGGUCGAGUUGGGUGUCAUGAAGAAGUCUGGAAAAGUUGGGCUGAAGGAGGCUGGGCCCGCGUCACCAUAGAAUGAUGUUUGGGACGCGAUCGGAAUGGGUUGGAUGAUGGUUGAUGGUGUGUGGCCUGAAUAGCUGCCAUGAAAAGCUUCAUGGCUUGGGAAGAGGUUGGCUGCAAUGGGCUCGUAUUUUUGCUUUGCUGGUGGCGUUGGUGGUGAUGGUAGCAUGGGG